UUUGCUUUCAUUUUCCGCACUCUGGAGGUGCUGCGGGGAGGCCGUGGCCCUCUGCUCUCCGUGCGGGAGCAAAGCCCCAGUGCAGGGCAGUUCCAGCAGCCCAGGAGCUCCAGUGCCACCAGGCAGGGAGGGUCUGCAGGUGGGUUUCUAGAAGCCCCGGUGCUCAGCAUGGAGGGGCUCUGGUUAAUCCAAAGUUCCAUCCUGGGCUGCAGGCUGGAGAGCGAGAAUGGAACACUGGGGCUACUGCAUCACAGUGAGAGUUCCCGUGUGCCACAGAUGGGGGCCCUGCAGGAGGGCUCAGCUGCCAUGUGCCAUGAGCAGAGCGGGCCACAUUCCUCCUGAGCAAGCGACGGAGCAUCACCGGAGCACGAGUGGAGGAGCAUCACUGUGAUCAUGGGGAGCCUCAGCUCCCAAGGACCACUUGGGAUGGCCAUGCAGCUGAAGCUGAUGCUGCAACUCAGCCUGGUCUCAAUCGUGCUGCACUUCCGGCGGCUGCAGAAGUUCUGUCGGAGGUUGGGGAAGAAGAGGAGAGAGACGAGCACCCAGACAGAGGAAGGGAGAGAUGCCUGCUGGAAGGAUGGAGCAGCGGGGAUGGCAUCGCCAACCUGGGAACUGUGGACGAGCCCAGAAGAAAGGAGUACGAAGCUCCCCCGGGCCCCGCUGGCAUCCAUGGUGUCCCUGGGCUCCCUGGCUGCUUCUUCUUCCUCUUCCUUUUCCUCCCUGUACUCCUUCCCGGAGCCCUGGCCUGGUGCGCUGGCAGAGUUGGCUGCUCUUGUCCCUCGGACUGACCCAGAACAACAACCAGAGCCAGAGCCAGAGCCAGAGCCAGCCCUGUGCCCCAGCCCUGAGCCCCCGGCUCUCCUGGCAGCAGCCCCCAGCCCCCUUCACUCCCUGGGGUCGAGCAAGCAGAGCUCUCCCAGGGAUGGAGCGCAGAGCCCCAUGGAGCCCCACUGCUCCCACACGGAGCUCAUCCUGGAGCUGCUCCGCGUCGUCCGGGAAAACCAGGCAGCCGUUGAGCGCCGCUGCCAACUGCUGCGGGCACUGCUGGAGCGGCAGGAAGCGGCCGAGACCCUCAGGGAGCCCCCAGCCCAGGAGCGCCCAGCCCAGGAGCCACCAGCACAGGAGCCCCCCAGGAUCCAUCUGCGUGUGCUUAUGGAUUUCCUUAGUCCUGGGAUGUGGCAGCUGCUGGAGAGGGACACGGGCAUGGAUAUGGACAUAGAUGUGGACACAGAUAUGUACAUGGAUACAGACAAGAACAUGGACGUAGAUGAGCGCAUGGAAGAGGAAGCUCAUGGGAGCGCCCCAGAGGAGCUGGACCAGAGCACCCUGAUGGAUCCAGGCAGGACCAACCCAGCAGGGUCCCGCUGGGGUCCCACGCGCACGGCCCAUCUGCGGGUGACCCCGGGGCUGUGCGGGGCCGGGCAGUGCCUGCAGGAUUGCUGCUCCAGGCUGUGGCGGUGGGUGCAGGACCGCUGGAGGCACUGCCGUGCACAGCCCUUUUGGCAGCGCUGGUCCUACGUGGGGAGGAAGAGCCUCUGAGCCCGAGUGUGGGGCCCGGCACCGCCACAGCCCCACCGCGUUCCCUCUGGCUCAGACCAGGGAAGGGUUUCCUUCCCGCUGCUGCUGAUCCCUUCCCAUCCCGGGGUCACACAGCCCAGCAGUGCCCCCGAGCAGCCAUGGGGCUGCAUCCAGCCUGGGGCUGUGUAUGGAAUGUGUAUGGAAGGGCACUGAGACGUCUAGGAAACAACAGGCUGGCGGCCGGCUGGCACGAGACAGACUAAGAGUUAACAGAGUCGGAAUGGAAUUAAGAAAUGUAAAUCUCCUGCUUGCAGGAAGGCCACCACUGCAGCAGCAAAUAAAAUCUGCUUCCAUCAGAGAUACCAUCCUGACCAAUUACUGGGUAUUUCCAGCACCUCUGUGGCACUGGGCUCUGCUGUGAUGGGCAUCCGCGCUUCUCCCUGCCCCGACUUCACCGCCCUCUGCUGAAUGACGCCUCCCAUCUCUCCUGAAUCCCCUCUUUUAGCUUAAAGCCAAUGCCGCACUGUGGCAGUUCAGGCGUGUACUGAGAUGUGUUUGACGACUCUGCCAUCAAAUUGUUUUAAAUCACCAAAAAGAGAGCUGGUGAAGAUCACACGUAGUCACAGCACAGCGUAGCUGCCAAAGGAAUGACCUGGAGAACAGGAGGCAAUUUGGAAUCAGAAACAGGGAUUAAAACACAAUACAUGUCCUAGAAGGCCAGUCUGUGUUUUUCUCAUUCAUGACAGAGAUGUGAUUAGAAAGAGUGGGAUGGG